AAGAGGAGGACGAGCCACGACGUCAACUUGUGGACGCUGUUCGCAUGCAGCCUCGUGUUGUGUUACACACAGCAGGUAUGCUGUACCAGCUGUGAACUGACUCAGACUAAUCAUAAAAUGUUAAGCACAUCUAAAAAGAGAAGAAACAGUUGUUAGGUCAUUAACAAAAAAGGGGUUGUCCUUGCUUUGUACAGAAAAUAAGGAACAAGUCCGACUUAUGUCGACAAACAAACAUAAGUCCGUCCGUUGAGGUCGGUGGGUCAUGAAAAAAUGAGCACCAGGCAACGACCUCUGCUCGUUUGAGCGCCAGACCGAUUCUUAUUUUUUGGGAGCAGAGCUGUCUCCUGCCUGAGUGGAAGCGAGAGAAGAGGUGCACUUGUUUGUAUUCCGGCUGCUCCGGUUUCCAAACACUAAAUCUGUUUCCCCCUCAACCCCGGCCCAUAGAGCUGCGAGGUAAAAACCAGCCCACGCACCCAGCUGCUAACCAACGACGAGCCAUUUUCUCAGAGGCGGGCUGGCGCGAUUCCAGUGUGGCACAAACGCGCGGGCAAGCUAAAGUGAAAAACGAUAUGGAACAAAUGUUCAUCCAGCGAUUCUCUUCAGUACGUUCACGCAAACGAUUUGUUCGUUAGAACGAGCCAUUGUCGAACGACACAACAACGAGACACUCGGAGAGUGGGAGACAAAUUCAAACGUGCAGUAAGUUGAACGCAAACGGGUUACGAAUGUUUUAACUUCAUGUCUUGUUUUAGCCAUGAUCUUUGAGCUCAUCAUUUGGCAUUUUGUUGACAGAAAGUUGACGGUCUCACAAAUAAGAGGUUGCGAAUUUAACGAAAUGUGCCAACUGGAUGGUAGAAUGAACCGUCAAGGGGUUCUUGCAUUCAUUUUGAUGUGACACAAAAACUAGCUGUGGUGGGUUUUCGUUAACUAUUUCGGCUCACCAACAUUUCAUGAAUUGCCCCAGUUAGUAGCGCCUCCUGUGAAAGAAGUUUCUCUGUGCACUGAAACCAAGAAAAGCUUAGGAACACAAAAUAUGAAGUCUCAGAGGGCAGCAAUGUGCACAAAGUGGUUACACAUUUGAUUUAAGGAGCGCACAGUAAAGGGAGAGUCUCUGCGACCAUGGGCGACACUCCUCUCACAUGUGGCUGACUGAUUACCCCCAAGACAUCACUGAAGAUCAUCGUAAUGAGCGGCAGGAACCAGAGCCCCCUCACAUUAAAGAGGAAGUGGAGGACAAAGAGGUCCACCACAUCAAACAGGAAGUGGAGGAGGACAUCAAGUUUUCAUCGACUGGUGUACCUUUGAAGAGUGAAGUUGAAGGUCAAAGUGAGGAGAGCAGAGGGGCAGAACCUCCAAACAGCAGCUCAAGUCAACACAUAACAACAGAAGGUGACGGAGACCACUGUGGAGGAUCGCCAGCAGACGGACUCUUAGCGCCACUGUCAGAUUGUGACGGCGUGACGUCACACUCUCCUCACACUGAUGAUGAUGAUGAUAAACAGUCUGAAGGUGAUCUAACAUGUCACACUGACAAAAAACGAUGGAAAUGUUCUCAUUGUGGGAAAACAUUUGCUUAUAAGAGCCGUUUGAAACCGCACGUGAGAACACACACUCGAGAAAAACCUUUUGCAUGUUCAGUUUGUGGUCAAAGAUUCUCUGUGAAGAAAAGCUUAAAAUUACACACAAGAACACACACUGGUGAGAAACCCUUUUCCUGCACAGUCUGUGGUCAAAGAUUCUCUGGAAGGGGAAACUUAAAAAUACACACAAGAACCCACACUGGUGAGAAACCGUUUUCCUGCUCGGUUUGUGGUCAAAGAUUCACUCGGAAGGGAAACUUAAAAAUACACACAAGAACCCACACUGGUGAGAAACCUUUUUCUUGCUCAGAUUGUGGUCUAAGAUUCUCUGUGAAGGAAAACUUAAAAAAUCACACAAGAACCCACACUGGUGAGAAACCUUUUUCUUGCUCAGAUUGUGGUCGAAGAUUCUCCGUGAAGGAAAACUUAAAAAAACACACAAGAACGCACACUGGCGAUAAACCUUUUUCCUGCUCGGUUUGUGGUCGAAGAUUUACUCAGAAGGAGAAGUUAAAAAUACACACAAGAACGCACACUGGUGAGAAACCUUUUUCUUGCUCAGAUUGUGGCCAAAGAUUUUGUGAAAAGGGAAGUUUAACAAAACACAGAAGAACGCACACUGGUGAGAAACCUUUUUCCUGCUCAGUUUGUGGCCAAAGAUUUUCUUAUCAGCGUCAGGUUAAGACACACAAGUGUGCCGGUGAGAAUAGCAGUGAUCAAGAAUCGUGAAUGUAAAUGUUUAAAAAAAAAAAAAAAUUACAAAAAUCUACAUUCUUGUAUUCUGUGUACCAGCUUUUAUCGUAUCUUCUUCUUGUCUAUAUAGUUUCUCAACGCCUCCCUCGGCCAAAUGUUUCGGAUUAGCACUGGUGCCAAAAUACUUUCAAGGGACUCGUUAAAGGUGAGAACAAUGGGCACUUAUUCCAGUGUUCUGGGCUCAUAAAUGAUGUUGACUGAUGAUAAGCCCUCCAGAAUAGACUAAAUAGUAAUAGAAUCGUUUUCUGAUGAAAUAUGUGAUUUUCAGAUAGAUUUUGGCCCGGCCACAUUCUGGACAUGCCAGUCUGUCACGAUUUGACACAUAACGAGCAGGAGCCGAUUACAUUUCCUCCUUGAACUCAUGUUUUCCAUGGUGUAUUUUUUGCCCAUCUAGAAAGUCUGGAUGACGUUUUGGGAUAUUCAUGACUGAAAAUAGUGAUAGUGAAAUAUGUUGGAGCGCUUGUUUAAAAAAAAUCGACCGUUGAAAUGGCUCCUUGAGGAAAGAAAGACAACCGGGUCAUCCCACAUAAAGUAAUUCCUGCAGAUUCAUUUCCUCAUCCGUCAGCUCAAUUUUGAAUUGAUUGCACCGCAUACGUAUAGUAUACGUCUAUAUGUGUGAAAAGAUCAAAUGUAUGUAUAGAUCACAAAGACGUUUCUGUAGGCGGCAUUGUGUGACAGACGCGGACUUUGGCUGGCUGUCAUAACGUCGGAUGACCCAUGACGAGGGUCUCCCGGCCGAACGCGUGACGUCACUUCAUGUUCUGAAACUGCGCCUGAUCAAAUCUUUCACUUUUAGGGUUUUAAGCCACAUUUCUUGGUUUCAUGGUUGAGGCUUGCAAGGAUGUGGUGCUCCCCCGCUGUGUUUGUAUGAUUUUCAUGAUGACACUGUAAUAAAUUUGCAAUUUUUCAGCACAUUAAAUGAGUGAUUGAACAUAAUUUUGGGAUACCAGCUG